GGUGGUAAAAUGGACAUGGAAUAUUGAAGGUGUAUAUUAUAUUGGUCCUGUAUUAUAUUGAACAGCUACCACCAGGAAAAAAAAACACCGAGAUUAUUUUACGGUUUGGCAUGCAAAUGGCGGUAUUAAUAUCCAGUAAUUUUUUUAAUAAUCGCUGCACGAAGGUAAAUUAUUAAGUCGUUCAUAUCACUUCAGACCUACCAUUUCCUGAGACUGACGCUAGGCCUACUUUCAACAAGAUUUCUUUGUGAGCUGUUACCUGAUUGUCACGGGAAACAUGGCAACAAACCUAACCAUGAACCCACUGGACUCAUCACAGGAGUUUGAUAGAAAGGCGUUCGAGCACACCCUAUCGACUGUUAGCUUUUAUAUCAGCUAUACUGGAAUUGCUGUUGCUUUAUUCUCCAUGGGUUGUGUCAUCUCAAUCAAGGAUUUCUCUGAUAAAGACAAACAUCUCUCCAAAAGCGUGGUGAUUGGCAUCGCUUUCCAAUCCCUCUUCCUACCCCUGAUCGGGUACGGGCUCGCUCUCCUGCUCCAGAUGGACGUCUUCGAUGCCAUGGCCAUGAUCAUUCUUUCGUGUUGCCCGGUAUCUCCCUUCUGUGCCGUGUUCGUCUACUAUGGCGAAGGAGUUGUCAUGGUCGGGUUAUCUUUGGCCAUGUUCUCUACAGCCCUAUCCGUGGGGUUGAUUCCGUUUUGGUUCUCCCUCUACUCUAGUUCCUGGACCCAAGAGUAUUACGUCAUUGGAACCCCAUCUGACAUCGUCCUUGCUGAAGUAGAAAUCUUCAUACCCACAGCUCUGGGUCUCUUAUACAAGAGAUUAUAUGGGAAGAAGAAUGCUAGACUAAUGGCAAAGGUAUGCAGCAAUGCCUUUUGGGUGGCUGUCAUUGUCAGUCCAAUCCUGAGCGGUAUUGCCUAUCCUGGAGAUUUCGACGCCGAAUGGCAGAUCUGGGUGGCCGCCAUCGUCCUUCCUCUAUCUGGGUUCUUCUGUGGACUCUUCCUCUCCCUCCUCUUCAACCUUCCAUUUCAGGUGUGCAGCGCCAUCUCCUUGGCCGUCGGCACACCUAACUGGUUCAUCGCCAAGAGCCUCGCCACUCACUUCUUUUCAGGCGAAGAAGAAACCCUGCACGGUGUCAUCACGCUGUUGUCCAUCUUCAGCAUCACCCUACCCAUUGAAGGGUUCAUCUGGUCCAUCAUGUUUAGAAACAUCCAGGAAUUCUUCACCAAGUUAUCCCCCAAGUGCUGCUGCAACGCGGACGAUGACGACGACGAUGAAAAGGAUAGAUUUGAUGUCAUAGAAAUAGACGAUAUCGAUGGUAUGACACAGGUUGACAUCAACGUUUCUCACUUUGAUUAUGACGAAUCCGUUGCUUGAUCUGUAAUGAGAACGAACAUUUUUAAAUGAAAAUUGCUUGCACCCGUCUGCUGGAAUACUUCGAACCCGCUGCCAAAUGUCAGAAAAAAAAAACACUUUAGUUCCCAGUAAAACCAACAUUGAAGCCCCUUCACGUUACCAAACCAGUGUGCAUAUACAACUGUGUAUAUACGAAAGCAGCAUUUUAUUAUGGUAUACUGUGUUCAUAUUGUUUGGACAUUGUUUAUGGUUUGACAAUUUGGAAUACAUCGUGUUUCUGAUGUGGGUAACAGUAACGAUCAUGCACAAGCCUAUUACAAGCUCUUAUUAUAAUAAGAUUUUCGGCAAUAUGGUCGACAUGGUCCCAUACUGAUAUGUUAAGGAAUAUAAUUUAUCUACGAAAAUGCUUGUAUUUAAAGUUUUAUCGGGUACAUAAGCUGGAGUGUAUGAAUAUGGACCUAUACAUAAUAUGCAUUUUUAUUUUUUGAAGAAAUGAUUUUUUAAUGCAACAAAUUUGGCAUCUCGCUUCUUUAUAAUGU